UUUGUUAAUAAUCUUUGGAUUAUUUUCGUUCUCAAAUUCAACUCAAAUUUCCGAUCUAAAUUUGACGAAUUUACUUCAAUCAGUAAACUCUGAGUUGACCGAUAUGAGAGCGGAACAGGGGAAUUUGAUGGAUAGAAUUGUUAAGGAAACGGAUAUUAAAUGCCCAAAAGCGGAGCUAGAACAACUGAAGAUAGAUGGAGCUAAUAUGGAAUCGAAUUUACAAUAUCUUAAAGUGGAUCUGGAACAACAGAAAAAAGGUGUAGCUGAUCAGGAGGUGAAUAUUCAACAACUCAAAGCGGAGCUGGAACUACAGAAGAAAGAUGGAGCUGAUAAAGAAGCUGACAUAAUACUUCUUCGAGAAGACAUUCAGUCAGUUAAAUCUGAGCUGGAACUACAGAAGAAAGAUGGAGCUGAUAAAGAAGCUGACAUAAUACUUCUUCGAGAAUACAUUCAGUCUGUUAAAUCGGAGCUGGAACUACAGAAGAAAGAUGGAGGCGAUAAAGAGUCAGAUAUUCAACACAUUAGAGCCGAACAGGAACAUCAGAAGAAAGAUGAAGCUGAUAUGGAAGCGAAUAUUAAACUUCUUCGAGCAGACAUCGAAUCUGUUAAAGCGGAGCUGGAACUAAAGAAGAAAGAUGGAGUGGAUAAGGAGUCGGAAAUUCAACAACUUAAAGCGGAGCUGGAAAAACAGAAGAAAUACGAAGUGGAAAAUCAAUCUCUUCAAGUAGAUGUGGAACGUCAGAGAAAAUUGAUAGAUGGACUUGUUAACCCAUACAAUUGUACCAUGGCCAAAGUUAAUGGAAUCAACGAGAUACUUAUUUCCAACUUUAGUAGUCAACCCUUUAAAGUUGUCUGCGAUGCGUUUACUCGUGGAGGAGGAUGGAGUGUUAUCCUUAAAAGGAUGGAUGGAAGCGUAAACUUCUAUCGUAACUGGACUGAGUACAAAAAUGGGUUUGGAGAUUUGGAUGGCGAAUUCUUUUUAGGUUUGGAUAAAAUACACGCAUUAACUGCGGAGAGAAAACAGGAAUUGCUUGUAGUGCUUGAGGAUUUCGAAGGAGAAGAAAGAUUCGAGACAUAUGAUUCCUUUGCUAUUGGCAACGAGGAUCAACAAUACGAGCUACACACUCUGGGCAAAGCCAAUGGAACUGCAGGAGAUUCCCUCUCUUAUCAUCGUGGUAAAAAGUUUUCAACAUAUGAUCGGGAUAAUGAUAAACACCCGAAGAACUGCGCUAUGGAUCACAAUAGUGCCUGGUGGUACGGUGCGUAUCACGACAGUCAAUUGACGGGGAACUAUGGUGUCAAUAACUUUGGCAAGGGCGUGAAUUGGGUCAGUUUUCGGGGGAGAAGUUACUCCCUAAAACGAGCCGUAAUGAUGAUAAGGCCAAGCAACUAAUUCCAAGCUGUUCUUCAGCCCAAUUUUAAGUGUUGUAAGCAAGGUUGCAAGCCACCAAAAUGUUGGUAUAGGUUCGGUUCGAUGGUUCGAGCCCUAGAGCAAGACUUAGGUUCGGUUCGCAAACCGGCUUAUAUACCUCCUAAACCCAAGAUUUGGGUUUGAACCUUGGUUUUAUUAUGAGCAUAUUAAAUUUUUUUUUAUUAUUAUUUUUUUUGAUUUUUAUAUCGAAGUACAUUUAAAAAUAAAAUAAAAUAUAGUCCAAAUUAGUCUUAAGAUAACCUAUUAUUUUAUGAUUUUUUUUGUUUUUCCGCGAUUGAAUUCACUUCACUUCUCGAUAAGCACUAAAUUCCAAGAAAAGUUUUGAUUGAAGAUCAUUUAGUUCUGCAAAUGAACUACGAUGAACAAACUCCACUGAGUUGGCGAUGUUUGAAUGGAAAUCCAUUCAAUCAACUGGAAAUAUCGUCGCUUUCACAAAAAUCGAGUUGUCGAUAUUUCGACGUAUGUUUACAUCACUAAUAAAGAGAAUGUAAUUAUCUUUUUUUUUCGAACCGAGCAUUUUAUUUAAGAAAUGCGUUCGGUUCAGGUUCGGGUUCACGGAGUAUACAACAUCAAAUGUUCGGUUCAUGAUUCAGAUUGGAUUAAAAACGGAACCGAACCGGUUCAGCGAGGUUCAGAGCCGGUUUGCAGCCUUGGUUGUAAGAUAUCUCAAUCAUUAAAAUAAUUUACACUUUCUCGAGAAUUUUAAUAUGUAAUUGUCACUCUCGCUUUGCGCACCAAUUAAAAUAAGACUUAAAUUUAUGACAAAAAA